AGAAGAGAUGUAUGUGACUGAUAUAAAGGCAGAAGAUAUAGAGGGAGAAGAAGAGACGUAUGUGACUGAUAUGAAGGCAGAAGAUAUAGAGGAAGAAGAAGAGACAUAUGUGACUGAUAUGAAGGCAGAAGAUAUAGAGGGAGAAGAAGAGACGUAUGUGACUGAUAUGAAGGCAGAAGAUAUAGCGGGAGAAGAAGAGACAUAUGUGACUGAUAUAAAGGCAGAAAAUAUAGAGGGAGAAGAAGAGACGUAUGUGACUGAUAUAAAGGCAGAAGAUAUAGAGGGAGAAGAAGAGACGUAUGUGAGAAGUGAUCAGCAGUGUAAGGAGGAGGAGACCCCUACAGAUAUCAGCACUGCAGAUGGACACACAAGCAGGAAUAUCUCAGAAGGACAUCUAAUGUUAUCUCCGGAUUGUGAAAUAAAAGAUAAUGACAGUAGACAGAAAUCUCCAGGAGAUAACCCCAUUACCCCAAUUAUACAUCUAGCUCUAUCAGCUGAUCCCUCUGAUCCUGGGAAAUGUUCUCUUGAUCACACACAGCCUAUUAACCCACAGAUAAGUAAGGCAGGUGAAAGGCCAUUUCCAUGUUCUGAGUGUGGGAAAUGUUUUCCAUACAAAUCAGAUCUUCGAAAUCAUACAGGUGAGAAACCAUUUCCAUGUUCUGUGUGUGGAAAAGAUUUUACAAACAAAUCGCAUCUUGUUAGACAUCAGAGAAGUCACACAGAAAGUGGUGGGAAUAACUUGAAACACGAAACCCCUUCAAAGGAAUAG